AUGCCCAGUUUCUUCGGCUUUGUACGCGACCAAUACACGGCACUUCCAAUGCCCCCGGUGCCAGCCGACAUUGCGCUGCAAACAUUUGUCGUGACAGGCGCAAAUACUGGACUGGGCUUUCAAUGUGCCCAGCACUUGCUCAGUAUGGGUGCUGCCCGUGUCAUACUGGGUGUGCGGUCCGUCCAGAAGGGCGAAGCCGCCUUGGCAGCAAUGAGACAAGAGACGGGUCGCCAUGAUGCUGGCGAGGUCUGGGAACUGGAUCUUCAGUCACUAACCUCUGUGGAGAGCUUUGGUAGACGUCUUGCCACUCUCGACCGGUUGGAUGCCCUUAUUGCCAACGCCAGUGUCGUGAUGACCAGCCGUCAGAUUGUCGAAGGCAUAGAGUUGUCCCUUCUUGUCAAUGUCGUCUCGACCAUGCUGCUCGCCUUCCGGACUCUCCCGAAGCUGCGCGAGUCGGCGCGCAACUACAAAACCACGCCACACCUCGUGAUUGUAUCGAGCAAUUCGGCACUGGAGUCAAACAUGAAAGAAGCGGUGUCAACGGCCCGGGGUGAUGUCUUUGACAAAUUCAGCGAGGAGAAGGGAUUUGGAACCUUUACGCAAUACCCCAAGACCAAACUGCUCCAGAUAUAUGCCAUGCGUCAGCUUGCAUCGCUGCUGCCCACAGCCACGACGGGCGUCGUCAUCAACGCCGUGAGCCCCGGCUUGUGCUACACGGACCUCGACCGCAACGCAUCGCGUCCCGCUAGGUUGGUGCUGGCUACCAUGCGGAUGCUGCUCGCCAGAACCGCAGAGGAGGGCAGCCGGACCCUUCUACACGCUGCCCUCGCAGGGCCAGACAGCCACGGCGCGUACUGCUCCGAAUGCCGAGUUAAAAACGACGAUGUACCUGCCUGGAUAACCAACUCCAGCGGCAAGAUCACACAGGAGCGUGUAUGGGAGGACCUUCUCAAGAGGCUCGACUCAAUGGGCCAUGGAGUGGAUGUCGCCGCCCUGACAGCGCCGUAG